AUGGCUUCCGCACCCAAUAGUACCAAAAUCCCUUCGGUUGUUGUCAUUCUCGACGACGAUGGCACCAAUCAGUCUGUCGCUAGUAGUGAUGAAGAGUCGACGGCCCAGCUUCCAUCCAAUGUUUGUUUCUGCUCCGAGCGUAAACGACAUUGGUUUGGGGAUAAAGUUCAUGUGAUCAGCGACGAUGGGCCGGCCAAGAAGCGAGCCAGAGUCUGCGGACCGGGCUGCUGUUCGAGAGGUGCCGUGGACGUGCUUCGCCAGCUCAUGAUGAAAGAGUUGCGAGACCGGAUCCGACAAAAGGAACAAAGCCGUGGCGAAGCCAAGAAGAAGCUUCUUGCUCUUAUGCAGGCCGGAAACAAGGUCAGCGAAGAGGAAUUCAAGGCUGCAAUGAGUCAUGAAAAGAAGGAUGAAGAUAAGACUACCCUCAGUGCUCUUGAGGACGACGAUGACAAGGCCAAUGAUGAGGAUGGUGACUCUGAGCAGCAACAACUUUUGAAAACGGUCGAGUCUCUCUUGUUUGUAACUGCCUCGACUGUGGCAGAGUACACGGACAUGGCAACUCUUGAUGAACGGCUUCGAACGCUACUGGGGUCAAUUCUCAAGCGACGACUCAACAAAAAGAUUGCGGAACGACAGAGACAAGCAGCCAAAGAAGAAGCCGAGUGGGCGGCAAUGGACCUGUUUGGGGAUUUGGAUGAUUGGGAUUUGGAUGUGUAA